CAGUGUUUUACUAAUUAAACACGCAAAAGCAACAGGUAAAAAUAAAACUAAUUAUAAGUUACAAAUUCUGUCACACCAUUCAUAACCCGCAACAAGACAGCUUUUCCCCUGAGCAAUUUCACAAAUUUGCCCUGCCCAGCUCAGCAAACCAAUACUACUGCACCGCAGUCUCCUCCUUCGUUAAGUAAUCCAAUCCCAAUCCCAAUCACAUGUAAAACCGGCCUCGCAAUCUGUAUACACCCCAAAAAGCGAGAAAAGCGAACAAAACCCGUUCUUGUUGGGACUCCUCUCACAUAGCCGUCAUUCUGCGUCUCAAAUUAGGGUUUCAAAUAAAGCGGCCGGAUCGGAUUUACAGUCCUAACUAGAAAGUCCAGUUCGACCGUUCGAGAUGACACAAGAGCAGGACAACAAAAGGGCAGUGCUGGUGCUGCAGAAUGAAGCCCCGUACAGCCAGCGGAGAUCCUACACCAACGAGGACGAGGCCUGGAAGUCUUUCCUGGAGAAUCCGCUCACAGCUGCCACCAAGGCAAUGAUGAGCAUCAACGGAGAUGACGACAGCGCAGCAGCCUUGGGGUUGCUCUACGAUUAUUACAAGGUGCCACGAGAAAAGAGAAUGCUCUCGCCAUCAAAACCAGAACUUAUUUUGACUGAUGGUGAUCUCACCAAAAGGAACUGCAUGGUUUCUGUGCCAGAACCAGCCACGUUGGCAGGAGAGAACAGGAUACAGCUUUUAAAGGGGCUUCCACUCAACAUUGUCAUGCCUGGAAACCAGCAGGACAAGAGGAACCACUUCCCCUCCCCAGAUACCAUGGUAACCCUCUCAAUUGCCACAGUCCCCAACUACUCCAUGAAGACUGAAGCUCCGUCCCACGGCUUCACGGUGGGGAUCCCUCCUGGUGUACACUGUGCCGAGCAAGACAGCCGCAUCGUUGUGUUCGACCGUCGUCUCAACCCAGACCACUUCAGUCCCAACUCCCUGCCACAGAACUCCCAACGCAAGACGCCAGACUCCACUUUCACAGAGAGCUUCAAGGACGAGGCCCAGGAGGUAAAAUCCACAGUGUUUUCUUUCCCUAGAGACCUGCAGCUAAGAAUGGAGCCGGAUGGUUACACAUUUGACAACAUCUCAGGGAAUCAUUUCGAGUACACACUGGAAGCCUCUAAAUCUCUUCGGCAGAAGUCGGGAGAUGGCACAAUGACCUACCUGAACAAGGGGCAGUUUUAUCCAAUCACACUGAAGGAGCACGGAAGGGCCAAAGGACUGCAUCACCCAAUCGGCAAAGUCCGGAGUGUCGUCAUGGUUGUGUUUGGGGAAGAGAAAUGCAGGGAUGACCAGCUCAAGCACUGGAAAUAUUGGCACUCACGACAACACACCGCCAAACAGAGAUGCGUUGACAUUGCUGAUUAUAAAGAAAGCUUCAGUACGAUCAGCAACAUUGAAGAGAUUUCAUACAACGCCAUCUCCUUCACCUGGGACAUAAAUGAUGAAGCAAAGAUCUUCAUCUCUGUGAACUGUCUGAGCACUGACUUCUCCUCUCAGAAGGGCGUCAAGGGCCUUCCCCUCAACCUCCAGAUCGACACGUACAGCUACAGCAACCACAGCAACAAGCCCAUUCACCGUGCCUUCUGCCAGAUCAAAGUGUUCUGCGACAAGGGAGCUGAGCGCAAGAUCCGGGACGAGGAGAGGAAGCAGUCCAGGAGGAAGGGGAAGGGCACUGACCUCCCCGCUCCCCUCAGUACCUAUUCAGAUGUCAAGAUGCCACUUAUUGUCAAAAGGACUGACAUCACAACUUUCAAAACGAUGGGUGAAUUCGAGACCCAGCCCAUCCUCUUCAUCCCUGACCGCCACUUCGCGAACCUGCAGCGCCAUCCAUAUGGCUCAGAAGAUAUGACAGAAGGGGCUGGGAUGAAAAGGGGAUCCUUUGUGUCCAAUGAAGACUUCGGCUCAACUCCGAGAAAAGUCGCCAGGAUAGAUGAGCACACAAAAGUACUGCUGUAUGUAAGGAAAGAGUCUGAGGAAGCCUUUGAUGCAAUUUUGCUGAAGACCCCAUCUCUGAAAGGACUGAUGGAAGCAGUUUCAGACAAAUAUGAUGUGCCAAUAGAAAAAGUGGAAAAAGUUUACAAGAAGUGCAAAAAAGGGAUCCUGGUUAAUAUGGAUGACAACAUUGUGAAGCAUUACUCCAAUGAAGACACCUUCCACAUAGCGAUUGAGGAAAUGGGAGGAUCCUAUAAACUCACACUUACUGAAAUAUAAUUCGGAGAGAUUCAGAAUUUGAGCAUUUGUGAAGUAGAAUAUUGUACAGUCCAUUAGUCAUGUAUCAAGUACCUGAAUAUUUCGCCUUGCAAAGCUUGUCAAUACGCUAAGUGUACCAAGUGUUACGGCGUACAGGGAGGACACCAGUUUACACAUAUCUAUUAUCUUGUGCGUUGAAUUGUUUUCUGCUUCUUGAAAACUGUUGCCUUUCAGGUAUCAACUGGGCAUUUGGAAAAUUGGUUCCCAUGUUUUUGUGUGAAGGAAUUUCUUAAGAACUUUUUGUUUUAAACUUCAUGCCAUUAAUAAAUAAAUAAAUACAUUAAUAAUAAUAAUAAUAAUAAUGUUUAAUACAGUAACAUAAUGUAAAAAUAUAAGAGAUAAGAAUGUCUUGCCUGUACUUUGCUUCUUGAGGUCCAUAUUUUGCUACCAAAUUAUACUAAAUCUUUAGUAAAUAGCACAAAAUUCCAUUGAUUAAAAAAAAAAAAAAACAUGUGUGUGAUCUUAACAGCAUCCUAAAACCUUUAACCAUGCUCUACACCUCUUUCCAUUAAAAAAAAAAAAGUAAUAUCAUAUUUUUUCUAUUGUUUCAACCUGUCCUCAGUUGUUGAACUGAGAAACACAGAGCUUGUUUCAGAGCUGGUCUUUAACAGUUACAUUGAUCCAAGGUGUCUGAUUUAAGUCAUUUGUGAUAAGCAGGCAGCAGUACUUGAGAUGCGCCACUGUUUAUAACAGUGAAAUAACAACAGUAGGAUGUCAUUUCUGUUCUUCGUAACAGUUAUUUAUAAAUAAGUCAGAGGCUAGGAAAAAAAAAAAGAUUUACCAAUAAAAUAUUUAUUGAAAAGCUUAAAUGUUUAAUACUAAGUUAAAAAAAAAAAAGUACAUUACAGUUAAUAUGGCCAUAAUAUAAAGAGUUAUGCACAAAAACUGGGUCUGGUUUAAGUCCACAGGUUGCAGGUCCACAGCAUCAUAGACAAGCAAUGUGAAGUAGACAGCCUAUAUUUUAACACAUUCCAUUGGAAUGGCAUGUAAUUACAUAUAUA